AUGAGUGCAGACAUGGAAGGAAUUGCUAUCGCAACCCAUGUGAAUGGGUCUGCCACGAGCGCAGAAGCGACAAGGGCCACCACCUCCCCUUACGAAACCAACCCAGAACAUAUCCCUCAUGACGACCCUUUCCUCGCCCGAAGCGCGCAGUAUGGUCGCUAUGCCCCGCACCCCGACGAUUUCACCCCCCGCUACCAAAGCUGGUACCACUCCGAUCCACAAGCGAAUGCGCUCUGGCAAGAGACCGCGCAGAGGUUCUGCACCCCCGAAUAUUCACUCAAUGUCCCAGGGUCAAGGGCAGCCUUCGCUGCAGGCAGCGUUGUCAUUCGAGUGGAUAGUGAGUCCGCCGACGGCGCCGCCGCAGAGAGAUACUCGUGUGUGAAUGCAAACGAACUUUCAUCCGCGCGGAAGGUUGAAGAAUCACUCAAAGAGAUUGGCGUUUCGGUCCCCGUGAUACUUUUCUGCGGCACAAUUGAGGGGAGAAACGUGACGGUGGAAUCCCGGAUCCCCGGCGUCUCAUUGGAGGUCGCAUGGCGAUAUCUCAGCGCUGGUCAGGUGGAAACCUUCAAAAACCAAUGUCGCCAGAUCCUACAACAUCUUCGAUCAAUCGAUCCUGCCUCCGACGAGCCAUCGUACGUCUGCAAGGGCCUCAAUGCGCAAUCCCCGCCUCCUGGUCAGGACAAGGACCGCAGCAUACUCUUCGAGAGGAGGAAUCCUGCGGAAGAAUUAUGCCUCACUCAUAACGAUUUGGUGCCCGCAAAUAUCAUUGUCAACGAUGAUCGGAUUGUGGGUAUUACGGGAUGGAGACAGACUGGAUAUUUUGGCCUCGAGAGAGCCAAGAAGGUCCACCAGCAGUGGAGGAAAAUGGACCUUGUCCAAAACAAUCAAACGGGAGAAACAACAUGGGCAGAUCUCUAUGAUUCGCUUUAUGAACCCAGCAAGAGUGCGCCGCUAACAGCAUCUCGAGAUAAUGCCCUGCCAUCCGUGAAGACAGAACCGAUAAACUCGACCAUGGAAAACUUUCCUAUCAACGAUGACUUGGAGGCCAAGUCCCUGGGUUUGGACGGAACUGGUGAUGUUCCGACCUCCAAAACGCUCGCGAAUUUGAAAAACGGCGUCUCGUCGCGUGCCUCAUCGACUGAUCGAUCGUCUCCUGCAACUUCCGUCAAGCCUACGUCAAAUAAAAAGACCGCAUCAGCUGCUACCAAAAAAGGCACAGCCAAAAAGCCCCCGGUGAACAGAAAGCGUAGGAUCAAUGACGCAGACGUCGACAGCGUGGACGGGGGCCGUUCCAACACACCCAUGUCCCGGACGGGCAAAGGGGGGAAGAAACAGAGCUCGGUAUCUGUGGCAGGGUCACCGGCUCCUGAAGACAAGAAGAAGCGCGGAAAAGGUCCGGCAGCCGACGACGACGAGGACUACGAAGAUGAAAAUGAGAUCUUUUGUAUUUGUCGGCGACCAGAUAAUCAUACCUGGAUGAUUGGGUGUGAUGGUGGCUGUGAAGACUGGUUCCAUGGCAAGUGUGUCAAUAUUGAUCCCCGAGAUGAGGAAUUGAUCGAUAAAUUUAUUUGCCCGAACUGCAGCAAGCGCAAAAAUAGCUGCACCACAUGGAAGCCGAUGUGUCGUCUUUCGGAGUGUCGUAAACCCGCGCGCGUUAUCCGCAAGAACCCCAGCAAAUACUGCUCAGACGAGCACGGGCGAGAGUUCAUGAUUCGACAAACCCGCCAUCUCAAGCUUGGGCCUGCUCGAAAAGGGCAGGAGGAUCUGGGCAGCAUGGGAGGUAUCCUCACGCCUGGGGAUUUGAAAGCUGUGAUUACGGGAGUGGCAUCAGUCAAGGAAUUUCGUCAACUCGGUGACCACAUUCUCUCUUCGCCGCAAGAACUAGCGGACGAUGCUAGCACCGGUUCUGAAGCCAAAGGCGAGAUCAAGCCGAACGUCAAUGAUAGAUUAUUCGACGCCACCGCAAACGGAGUUGGGUAUUCGCCUGAUGAAGCUGCAAGGAUUGAGAAGCUUCGUCAGAGACGAAACGAUAUUCUGCACCGCAAAGAGAUGCUGGCGGAUCGGUCCAAGUUCGUCGGCUUAGUGCGCCAGCGGUCCAAGGGCGUGGUCGAGAAGUUGAAACAAAACGAGCCGAAGGGGGGUUGGAAAGACAUUUGUGGCUUUGAUUCACGUCUCUCCUGGUCUGACGAGGAGUUCGACGAGUGGCGGCUAUCGGAGACCGGCAAGAAAGCACUUGCAGAGGGCACCAUCGAGGCCAUGGCUGCGAGUUACCCUCUUAACAUCGACGUCGAUGGUGACGCUGUUAUGGAGGAUGAGGGAGAAGACGAAAUGACCUUCUUGACCCGCGGUAUCUGUACCAAAAAACGGUGUGAGAGACAUAAACAGUGGGUGAAAGUGCAGCAACAAGACAUCUUGUUCGAGGAAAACACAGCCGACCAGGACCUCAAAAGGUAUGAGCAAGAAGCUCGUUCUGUAGCGGAGCGAGCUGUGCUCAGGAAAUGGGCCGAGAAGGAAAAUGUUGUGUCCGAGUCUGGAUAG